AUGGCUCCUUCCGACGUGGUUUUCUGGAACUCUCUCAGCGACGUGGCCUGGAGCUAUUUGCUGAAGCAGCUAUCAUGGCGCGAUAUCGGGCACACCCGGGCUACCUGCCGCUGCUGGCGCCGGGAUGUUGACCGCUGUUUGCACCGCCUGCAUCUGCGAGAUCCAAGCCCCGAUUGCCUCACCCACCUCGGCAACACCUUCAGCCGCCUCGCCGCGGUUAAAGUGACCGCCCUACAUCAACGGGACGAUACACGGCUGGACGAGCUGCUGGAGCUGCCGGGCACACUGGGGCGUGCAGGCGCGCUGCAUCUGCGCAGCAAGCGGCCGGGGGGGUUCCUGCUGGGGGUCGGACAGCUGCAGCUGCUGCGCUCCGCUGGACCGGUGUUGACGGUGCUGUGCCUUCGCUGCUGUGACGUGACGUCUUGGGCCGGACUGGAGGCCUGCCCCCACCUGGCGCACCUGCAGUUGAUCCACUGCCGCUUCUCCGAGUCCGCCUCCGCGGGGCUCACGCGGGCUCUGGGGGGACUGCGGCACCUCACAUCCCUGGAGCUGAGAUGCAGCACCACCGCCACCACCACCAUCACCGCCACGAGCAGGGGCAACAGACGACUUCAUUAUCAACAACAUCAACAACAUCAACAACAUCAACAUCAUAAUCACAAUCACAACCAGCAGCAGCAGCAGCAGCCGGACCCCCACGUCAGCCGCUCCCCGCAGCACCCCCCACACCAUAUGCCCCAGUUAGGGGGUCUGGGUUGCUGGGCCCCCCGCCUUGCCGUACUGCGGCUGGCGGGGGCGAUACCCGACGUUGCGCUUCAGGGGCUGCUGAAGGGGGAGCUGCCCAAUGUACGACAUCUUAGAGAGCUGGACUUGGAGCUGCACCCCGCAGCCACCAGUAACGCCGCCACAGCCACCGCCGCCGCUGACGGUGUUGCCGACGGCGCCCCUCUUAGCAGCGCUGUGUCGUACCGUGAGCUGGCGGCGCUCCUCCCCGCCAUUUCCAUGGCAGCCCCCCACUUGACGUGUCUGCGAAUAAAGGGACAUAGCCGGCUGCAGGACAGAGAUCUUCAUCUGCUGCAGCCUCUACGGCACCUACGACAUCUCUCCCUGGACCUGACUAGCCGACCUGAGCUCGCAACCCCCCCACCCCCACCCCCGCCUCCGCCCCUGCCAGCUCCCGCAGCACCAGCUGCCGCUCAGCUCCCGCACCAAGGGCUCCAUGUGAAUUGGGGGGUGUGGAGCGCGGAGGGGCUGAGGGCCCUGGCGGGCAGCACAGCCGCCCUCACACAGCUGCGGCUGGCGGGAGCGGAGCUGCCCAAGGGCUUCACGCUGUGCAACUUCCUGUACGGCCUCCGUAGCCUCCGAAACCUCGUGGAUCUAGAUUUAUCGGGUUGUGCGGGACUGACUGAUUGGGGCCUGGCACUGCUGGGCCGCUGCUGCGGAGGCGGGGGGGGAGGAGGGGGUGGUGGUGGGGGACGUCUGCUGCGGCUCAACAUCAGCGGCUGUGGGGAGCUGGUGGGCGAUGUGGGGGUGGCGGCCCUGGCCCCUCUCAUGGUGCAGCUGCAGCUUCUGAACCUGUCCUUCAUGGACAGGCUCACGGAUCGCGGUCUGUGUGGAUUACUUCGCAACGGGGCCCCGACGCUGAUGUCUCUGGCACUGGAGCACUGCCCCCUGGUGCGAGACGCGGGCAUGCAGGCUGUAGCAGCCAGCUGUCCCGCGCUCCAGCGACUGAGUGUGGAGCACUGCGGAGGGAUAUCGGGGGGGGGAGUGGCGCCGCUCCGGAACCUGAGGGAGCUGCGGCGGCUGUACGUGGAGGGCUGCAGUGCGGCAGUGGUGGCGGCGGUGAAGGACUGGCGGGUGGCGAGGCCUCGACGGAGCUAUGCGGCGGCACGGUGGUGGCUGGCGCCGCCGCCGCCGCCGCCGCCAGCAGGGCAGGGGGCGGGAUCCAGCGGUGGCGGUAACGGUGGUGGCGGCGGUGGCGGCAGCGUCGGAGGAUUUUGA